GUUUUCCAGCGCAGUUUCUCUCCCCCUUUUUUAACAUCAACACCAACAGUUUCUCUCCCCCUUUUUUAGCAUCUACUCCCACAGUCUCCCCCUCUCUCUCCCUCUCCUCCCCGCAGUCUCCGGACCGGCUUCCGUCGCCAUGCCGUCGCUCCGCUACCGACGCUCGGUGUCCGCGGUGAUGUGGAUCGGACUGCUGUGGAGCCGCGUCUCAGCAGGAGAUAAAGAAUCCCCCACCUCCGCCUCCUCCACCCAGCCUCCACCAGUGACAUUAGGAAGCACAAAAGACAGCCCCCCUAAAUCCAGAACCUCCCUCACUGGAGGUUUUCUGCAGUCGAUUCUGACCCAGAAGGCCCGGCUGCUCUCCCAGAGGGGGGACGUGCUGCCCUCCGCUCUGCCCCAGAACCUGCUGCCUCUCCUGGGCAGAGGGCUCAGCGCGGGGCCCCUCCCUGGAGCUCAGGAGCUACUGAGGAGGGGGAAACCUCCGUCAGCCGCAGAUCCAGGACCAGGCAGCGCUGCAACCACCGAGGCGACACACACACACUCCGCCACGCUGCCAAACACACACACACACACUCCUGAGCUGUCACACACACUUACACACACUCCUGAGCUGUCAAACACACACACACACACUCCUGAGCUGGAGGAGAUCACCACUGGGGUCACGAUUCUGGACGCAGACCCAGAAACGGAGGCUCCAUCAUCGGGUGUUCAGUGCUCUGUGAACUUCUCGGAGCCCGAGGGCUACAUCGACUCCUCCGACGACCCCCCCCUCCCCGACGGAGACUUCCUGCAGUGCACCUACACCGUCACCGUCUACACCGGGUACGGAGUGGAGCUGCAGGUGAAGAGUGUGAACCUGUCGGAGGGCGAGCUGCUGUCGAUCCGCGGAGCAGACGAGCGCGGCGCCCUGCUGGUUCUGGCCAAUCACACGCUGCUGGUGGAGGGUCAGGUGAUCCGCAGCCCGACCAAUCAGCUGUCCGUCUACUACCGCUCUGCCCCGGAGAGCAGCAUGGGCCUCUUCCAGCUGCACUACCAGAUCUUCCGGCUGAGUUGCUCCCUGCCGAAGAGGCCUCACUUCGGGGAGGUGUCGGUGCUCGACCUGCUUCCUGGAGGAGUGGCUCGGUUCCACUGCAACAUGGGGUACAACCUGCAGGGGGCGCCGCAGCUCACCUGCCUGAACGCAUCGCUGCCGGUGUGGAGCGGGAAGGUGCCGCUCUGCAGGGCUCUCUGUGGGGGGUCGGUGAAGAACGCCUCAGUGGGCCGGGUCCUCUCCCCCUCCCCUCACCACGGACCCAACGCCCCCCAGGACCGCUCCUGCUCCUGGGCCCUGGAGGCUCCCAAGGACCAGAGGUUGCACCUCCACCUGGAGAGGCUCGCCCUGGGGCCCACUGACAGGCUGGUUCUGUGGUCCGGUCUGGAUGCUGGUUCUGUGGUUCUGUUUGACUCUGGGCGGGGGGGUCAGAUCCCGUUUGAGGGCGUCAUCAGUGAGGGACCGGCGGUCAGAAUCCAGUUCAUCACGGAGCAGCCGAACCACACCACGGGGUUCAACAUCCGAUACGAGGCGUUUGAGCGCGGUCACUGCUACGAGCCGUACCUUCAGAACGGGAACUUCACGACCUCUGACCCUCUGUACGGGGUCGGCGCUGUGAUCCAGUUCACAUGUGAUCAGGGUCACGCUCUGGAGCAGGGCCCCCCCGUCAUCGAGUGCAUCAGCGCCAGAGACCCCUACUGGAACGACACCGAGCCGCUGUGCAAAGCUCAGUGUGGGGGAGACCUGGCCGGGCCGGGGGGGGUCAUCUUGUCUCCUAACUGGCCUGAGUGGUACGGAGAGGGGGAGGACUGCAGCUGGAGGAUCCAUGUUGGAGAGGACAAGAGGGUGCUGCUGGACGUACAGCUACUGAACAUCAGCGACAGCGACAUGUUGACCAUCACAGACGGAGACGAGGUUAUGACCCGUAUCCUGGGGCGUUACGUGGGAGGAAGUACUCCCUUCAAGCUCUUCUCCUCCACCCCCGACCUCACCAUCACCUUCCACUCAGACCCAGCAGGGCUCGUCUUCGGGAAGGGAGAGGGCUUCAUCAUCAACUACAUGGAGGUGUCCCGAAACGACUCGUGUCCCGACCUGCCUGAGAUCCAGAACGGAUGGAAGACCACGUCCCACAUCGCUCUGGUUCGAGGGGCGCGGAUCACCUAUCAGUGCGACCCGGGAUACGACCUGGUGGGCCGGGAGACCCUCGCCUGCCAGCUGGACCUCUCCUGGAGCAACCAGCCGCCAUUCUGCGAAAAGAUCAUGUACUGCUCAGACCCGGGACACGUGGAGCACUCGACCCGCUCCCUCUCCGACACCAAGCUCCUGGUGGGAACAACGAUUCAGUACAGCUGCACCGCCGGCUUCAUCCUGCAGGGCGGCGCCACCAUCAGCUGCUACGGACGAGAGCCGGGGACCCCCGUGUGGACCGCCAAACUCCCCCACUGUGUUACGGAGGAGUCUGUUUCCUGUGAGAAUCCCGGUCUGCCCGACAACGGAUACCAGAUCCUGUCCAAGAGGCUGUACCUACCCGGGGAGUCGCUCACCUUCGUCUGUUACCAGGGUUACGAGCUAAUUGGAGAGGACGCAAUUAAAUGCAUCAUGGGAACCCCGUCCUUCUGGAGCGGCCCUCUCCCGUUCUGCAUGGCCUACAGUAGCUGCUUUGACCACCAUGAUCUGGAAGUGGCUCGAGCGACGGCAGGCUCCACGCUGGACGGAGGAAACGUGGCGCUCGCCAUCUUCAUCAUCGUUCUGGUUCUGUCCGUGCUGCUCGGGGGCGCUUAUGUCUACGUGACACGGUGCAGAUAUCACUCCAACCUGAGGCUUCCUCUGAUCUACCCCCACCCGUACCGACAGAUCACCGUGGAGACGGAGUUCGAUAACCCGCUGUAUGAGACCGGAGGAGACUCUCGUGAGUAUGAAGUAUCGAUAUGAAGGAGGAGUUGUUUCUGAAACGUCCCCCAUCCCUCCUCCUCCUCCUCCUCCUCCUCUCCCUCCCCUCCUUCCUCCUUCUCCACCCAGCAGGAGGCCAUGUAAAUAAAAUAGAUGAUGUCUAGCCCCUUCUGCCACGAGAAGCAAAGACUGAUGAUACUGAAGGCAUGAUGGGAAAUAGGAGAGGAAACAAGAGAGGAAACAAGAGAGGAAACAAGAGAGGAAACAAGAGAGGAAACAGGAAACAAGAGAAGGAGUCAGUGUUGAACUUUAAAGCGCCAGGUGAUGGAGGACGGAGGGAAAAAAGACCCAGAAAUCUUGGUGAGAAAGGUGAAGGUUUUGGGUGUGAAAUGGAAGUAAAGGGGCAGGACACAGAUAGAGGAAGUAAAGGGGAUUAAAGCACUUUGUUAGUAUUUUUGUUAAUUGUAAAAAUGUAUUGAAAGGAUCCUGGAAAAUGUGUCUGAAAGAGUUGUAAUCUUUAAGAUUUUCCUGAAGUCAAACUGAUAUUUUUAAAACUAUUUAUGGUUGGUUUUUCCUGCAAUAGCCACUCCACAUAUUUAUAUUCAGUGGUUUCGAUUUGUUUAAACGGCGGAGUCUGAUAUUCCCAUAUACUGGGUUCACAUUCUUCUUCACCAGAAACAAUGCAGGCAUUACUUUCCAUUUUAUUUUUAGCUUAUGUCAUGUUAUGUUUACGCUCCCACUUAGCUUCAAUGCUAACCAGACACUUCCUGCUGCCAUUUCUGUUGUUUAAAAUAUCAAAACAUACGGUGGCUUUUAUCGUGAAGCACUCACAGGAAGUACUGUCUCCAAGGUUAGUGCUUAUAAUCUUUAAAAACGAUCCUGGCUGAACUUUAAUGAGACAGCAAAUUGUGGAAAGCUACAUUAGCUGUGAGUUAGCCCAGCCAACAGCGUUUGUGUUCUUUGACUUCAACAUAAACUCUGGUUCCUUCUUUCAUUAUCUCAUAUUUCCUCUCAUUUCUGCACCUUCACCAAUCAGAUUCAUUUAGAUGCCGGUAACCUGUACAUUUCUUGCAUUUUCAACUCACACAAAACGGUCAAAUAACGCUCAAACCCUGUGCAUUUGCGUCUACUUGCAUUGUUGCAUUGCCUCAAAGUUCACCUAGCCUCCUGUCUGAACCACGAAUGUAAUAACUAGACUCAAAACAAAUUGGUGCACACACCUGCCCAUGCUAUUAGUGUGUGCAAAAGGUUUUAAAAGGGCCCAUGUCAUGCUUUUCUGGUUAUUACCCGUCCCCUUGUGUGUUAUGAAGGUGUUUCUGCAUGUAAACGGUCUGCAGAGUCUCAAACCCUCAAAGUACACCCUGUAGCGAGUAAAACUCUAACACAGAGAAGACCUGUCUAUGCUGCCCCAGAACGCCUCGUUGGAGAUUUCUCUUUUUCCAUUUGUUUCU